AUGCCAUUCGCCGUGCUUCGCUACGGUGGUUGCUGCUAACUGACCUUUCUUGUUCCUACGUAUGGAACUAAAAUGUUCAGGUUUUCAUGACAAGCCCUUUCGUCUGGUUAUUUAUCUGCCGAAAAAAAAACAUUAAAUUUACGUUUUUAACUAGGAUAUUAUAAAAGUAAAUUCAAUUCUGUAGGAUUCAUUCGCGUUGCCAUGGUUACUCACAGACGCCCGAAACAGGAAGCCACUGCCGCAAAGAAGUAAACAAGGACAUGGCGAAGGAUGGAAUUUUAUCAGCUGAGAUGGUGUCUGAAGGGAUGGUGCAUCAGGAGCGGUUUGUCAACAGGCUCCAGCACAUGUACCGCAGCCUUUCUUUAUCUGGCCACAAUCUCAGUGAUGUGUCCGUGUUGUCUAAUUAUGUGCAUCUUCAAAAGUUAAUAUUGCCACACAACCAAAUUAAAGAUCUAUCCUGUGUAAGCCAUAUGCCCUGCCUUGUCAUUCUGGAUGCCUCCCACAAUGAAAUCUCCACUUUUUUCCAUUUUGAGCCACCCAAGAAACUCAAGGAGGUCAACUUCUCCUACAACCUUUUAACAGAAAUGAAGAGUCUAUUUGCUUAUGAAUCCCUUAGUAAAUUGAUUUUGGACUACAACAGUAUCAGUGAAAUCACUGGUCUUGAACAGUGCUAUAGACUCACCCAUCUCAGCUUGGCUCACAACAAGAUCUCAAGGAUCAGUGGCCUAGAUGGCUUGCCUCUCACGUACCUCUGCUUGAGGGGGAACCAGCUCCAGAAGAUUGACGGUUUAGAGAAUGUUAAGAGCCUGCAGGUUCUUGAUUUGUCUCUGAAUCGUGUCACCUGUCUCACAGGGCUUCAGAGCCUCCAGCUUCUCUGUUCCAUUAACCUGGAAAAAAAUCAGAUUAGUGAAAUUGAUGAAUGUAAACAUAUUCACAACCUGCUGCUGCUGAGAGAUCUCAAUCUGCUGGAAAACCCUUUGCAGGAGCAGCCCAAUUACCGAUUAGCAGUCAUCUUCCUCCUUCAACACUUGACGAUGCUGGACCAAGAAGUGGUUACCGCAGAGGAAAAGGUUACAUCCGCCAACAAAUAUGACCCUCCAAUGGAUUUAGUGGCAGCAAGAGAUCACAUGACCAAUCUCGUGUAUCAGCUGAUGCAGCCCCAGGUCUUAUUUGACAGUACGCUGCCCAGUGUGGACUCUCCAUACCCGCUGCUGGUGCUAACUGGUCCUCAAGGCUGUGGGAAAAGAGAGCUAGUUCACAGACUGUGCCAAGAGUUCUGUGAUUACUUUUGCUAUGGGCUUUCUCACGCCACACGAGAACCAUACAGUGGAGAGGAGAAUGGAAUUGAUUACCAUUUUAUCAAUGAGGAAGACUUUCAGAACAUGAUUCGCAUGGGCAAGUUUAUCCAGACCAUGCAGUACAAGGGCCAUCGAUUCGGUCUCAGCAGAGACACGAUAGAAGGCGCAGCCAGAGAGGGGUUGGCCUGCUGUGUGCAUAUGGAGCUGGAGGGUGCGCUUAGUCUGAAGAAGAGCUGCUUUAAGCCGCGAUUCAUCCUGGUCAUUCCCUCCCAGGAGGAAAACUACAUAUCCCACCUGAAAAGCCGCAGCCUCUACACCCCAGCUCAGAUUGAUGCUGCUGUGUCACGCAUAGACCUCUACAUCAGGACCAAUGAGCAGCAUCCAGGAUUCUUUGAUAACGUUGUUCCCUGUGAUGACUGGGAGGAAGCCUAUCAGUCGCUGCGACAGAUAGUGAUGGAGGACCUGUUGCUGGAGGAGGAAGAAGGGCAGAGAAGGGGCAAAGUUAGCACAUCUACAGGACAUGAUUCAGCAGAGAAAGCACCCCCACAACAGUCAGAGCCAGCAUCAGAACCCUUAGCAUCCCUCUCUGCAUCACCUCUGGAUCCCUCUGGAACCCAAUUUAACAACAUCCAGGCCAAGAUCGGCUCUCAUAAGAGUUCUGCUGAGGCAGCAUCCAUCAGGAGGCGAGAACAGCUUUUGAGGGAGGCUUUGUUGGGGAAGAGUCCAGGGGUCUGCAGGCAGCUUUUCAAACGUUCCACCCCAUCAUCGUCGCUUCACAAGGAGAAUCCUGAUACUCGCUUCAAGGAGGACAGCAGCUCAGAUGAAACACGGAGAAGUUCAGCCCUUUCAGUUCCCAGUUCGGCUGGAGCUUUAAUGGAGCUCUUAGCUGUAUCUAUCCCAGGACAAAUCCAGGAAGCACUCAAAGAUGAUCCUGGAUCAAGUCAAGCUUCUCUUUCAGGAGUCGAUCACCCCAUGGUUGCCGUGUCUCCAUCCUCUGAGAAAUGCCCCAAAUCUAACCUAAAAUCUAUUUUGCCACCAAUUCCUAAUGGAAGAAAGAGUCCUGCAGCCACCAAUCCAGGCUUUUCCCCUAAUCUCAGCACAAACCCGGGAGUCUCAGAGGGUGGGAAAUGAGGUUUUCGUAAGUUUGUGAUUUUGUGCACUUAAUUGAAGCUAAAUAUGUUUACUGUUGCUGUCCUAGUAAGAAUCAUUUGUAGUUUUUGUAAAAAUAAAGAUUUUCCUAAUGUCCCACUCCGAA